CUGCGAUAUGUCGCUGCGGUUGAUAAGAACUUCCGGGAUUCGAUCGUUUCUGACCAUACCUGUGUAACCAUCGGUUUAACUCACAAUUUAGUGCCCGCCAGCUGAGUUUUAGCCCGUCAUCGCUUCCAGUUGCAACACUUUCCUUGGCCUUCCUUAGACGAGUGUGCAGUGUGGACACUAACCGAUAAAAUCAUCCGUAUAUCCACUGACCUGCGGGCGACUAUUUGCGCGUAUAAACACCACGUGGCCUGUAAGCUACCCUCACGCGAUACACGCAAUCAUAAAGUCUAAAGUCUAGAGUGUAAGGUAGCGUUGCACUGGUCGUCCAACCACUGAGCAGGGCGUCGCCGCACGAAACUCACACCAUCCCACGCCAACUCUAGCCGUCGACGCCGCCAGCAACGCCGCCAGCAACGCCGCACCAUGGAGCAAUUUACGGGCAAGUGGAAGCAGGAGCGUGCGGAAAACCUGGACGAGUACCUGACGGCGCGCGGCGUACCGUGGAUCGCGCGCAAGGCGGCGACCGUGUCUUCGCUGCACAUGGAGGUCGAGGGAAAGCCGGACGACACGUGGCGACUCUACCAGUACACGACGCUCCGCACGAUCAUGGACGUCACGUUCACGCCCGGCAAGGAGUUCGACUUCAAGCGCAUGGAUGGCAUCGAGUGCAAGGUGACGUUCCGCGUAGAUGGAAUGAAGCUGCUGCAGGACACGCGUGAGGCAGAUGGCUCCAUCGAUGUCAUCAAGCGCGAGCUGAUGGCGGACGGGAGCCUCGUGCAGACGCUGUCUUGUAAGGACGUCGUCUGCAAGCGAUACUUCACGAAGGUGUGAUGGCAUGCGGGCGUCCAUGUUGGAUCCAGGCAGCCAUGUUGGAUCCAGGCAUCCAAGUUGGAUCCAGUCAUCUGGUCUGAAUCUUAGAGCGUAGAAAACCAACCAUGCAGGCACUAAUGAAACGCAGCAUAUAUAAUGCUCUGCAUGUAAACUUGAACGUAUACAAUGAAUUUGAAAAUGUGCGAAUACGUGUAACAAAUGUAUGUUGUGUAAGGGUUAGGGUUAGGCACUGUCAGAAGUAACUUUGAUUACGAUUCAUCCAGAGGUUGUUUGUAACUGCCGUUUGUCGGAUGUGGUAUUGGUUGUUAGAGUAAUAGAUACAUUGGCCUUGCUAUCACCUGGUUAUAUAAUUCAAGCUGUAACUGAUCUUUCAUAAAGUGAAGACUGAACAAAUACUUGGUCGUACCUUAAUUGUAGAGUGUACUCUUGCUUAUAAGUAGAGAUUGAACAAAUACUAGUCGUGCUCUAGUCUCUUCAGAAUCGGCACUGUGGGUGAAGUGGGUUAACAAUCGCGUGCAGGUACUUUUUGUACUGAAGCAUUCUGUGGUUCGCUAUUGUUCAGAAAAGAGCUCAAUUGAGCUCAUUUCAGCAUGGACAACUAUUGCUUAGAGCUGUCUGACUAAAUGUGGUGCCCCUGCAAUUCUAUACCCUUGAAGUGUUCUUUAGUGAAAUCAUGUGGACUGAGUGCAUGCUGAUUUGGUAAAAUCUGUCUAUUAAAAAUCACUAUAAAUAUUGCAAACGUA